AUGAGUGUCGGAGAAGCCGGCGCACCCAGCGAGCUGGACAUGAUCAAGGUCUACAUCAAGCUCUCGAUCGACACCGUCUUCCCGGCCGGCCGAGCCAUUGCUGAGCCGACGCAUCCACGGCCACGGGCGAGACGGACGUCUGGUGAGAGCUUGGGAUAUCCCGCGAACCGGCUCGCGCGGUGCGACAUGGGCGAAUCCGCAUCGAGGGCGGAGACGUCUUGUGCAGACCACGCCAGCCAGGCGUGCUUUGGACGAGGAAGAGAAUAG